AUGCAAGUCCCAAAUGUAACUCUGGAUGACCUCCAUGCCUUCCAAUCCAACCACUUCCCUAGCCAACAGCUGGUUGCAUUUCCCCUAGAACAUGACCAGACAGAAGAUGAUCUCGGAUACUAUCCAGACGGAGUGAAACGUACUCUCACAGAUGAGCAGAUUCGAAUCUUCAGACACAGUGAGAUCCAUGCCUUACUGCGGGAGAGGCAGCUCAAGAAUGAUGAGGCGCAAUAUCAAGCUCGCAUGCAGACAUCUCAAGAUGAUGAACCAGAGGGUAAAGCAGACUCUGUACCAGAGAAGCGAGCUCUAGAUGUCGAGUCCCAGACAAAGGGUGGCGAUCGGAAGCGGUCACGGUCUCGAAAGGGCUCUAAGAAAAACACCGCAGAGGAAAAGACUCCUAAGCUGGAUUACGGCGACGAAUCUGAUCAAACACAAAUGGCAAGACCACCGGUGCCACAGAUGCCUUACCAAGGUCGCAGAAUUAUCUCCUAUGAUGACUGA